AUGUCGAAAUCCCGUGAGCCCGAGAAGCCCGUCUCCUCUGAAACCACUUCUGGCGAUGAGGAAAACGUCGAUUCCUCGUCUGAGGAAAUCGAAUCUGAGACCGAGUCUUCCGCACCGCCGGCCAACGCCAGGAAACCCCGAACCCCUUCCGCCACAAAGCCCGCCCCACCCGACGAGGAUUCUGGAUCUGAAUCCGAAUCCGAAUCCGAAUCCGACGCCAGAAGAAAAUCCCAAUCGAAAAGCAAGGACAAGGCCACCGCCGCCUCCGCUUCACCGGCCAGAUCUACCAAAAAGAGGGCCGUCGAGGAGGUUAAGGGGGCGGAGUCCACUUUCAGCAAGAAGUCGAAGAAGGGAUCCGAGAAGAAACAAUUUUUUCAGAGGGUAUGGAGCGAGGCGGACGAAAUUGCCCUCCUGAACGGGAUUAUGCAGUUUAGGGCCGAGAAGAAAUCCGACCCGCAUGAUGAUAUGCACGCCUUUUACGAGUUCAUCAAGAAAGAUUUGCAAUUUGACGUGACGAUGUCUCAGCUGAGGGAUAAGAUUUCUAAGACGAAAAAAAAGUACACAAACAACAAGAGCAAAGGUGAAGGAAGAAUCUUUACGAGCCAGCAUGAGCAGGAAGCCUACGAUCUGUCGGAGAAAGUGUGGGGGGCUGUGAAAGAAAACGGUGUCGAAAAAGGCAAUGGCAGUGGGGCGGACGCCAACAAUAUUGAUAGGAGGUAUGAGUUAGGCGACAAUGUUCCAGUCGAAGAGCGGCGGGAACUGGAUGAAGCAUGGAAGAAGAUCGAGAUUGAAGAGAUGGAGGUGUAUGCGAGGCUUUUUGAGAUCAAGACUGAAAAGGCAAAGCUUUUUCUGAAGGUCAUGAAGUCCCGGGGCCAUUGA